AUGGAACGCGCGAGGGCCUACGAGAAAUACCGCUCUCUUAUCUUCCGACUCUUUGUCACCGAGGGCUUGACGCGCGAGCAGGCCAAGCUCGAGUUUGAGAGACUGGAACUGGAGCCCCGGUUGACGAUCAACCAAUGGAAAACCUUGCUACGCAAUUUGCGUAUCUAUAAGAACAUCCGGGGCGAGAACGCCGCUUGCGCUCAGACUAUCCUCGAUCAAAUGCCGGAUGGUGGGCACUGCCUGAUCUUUGAACAUGGUGUGCUUCAAGAUAAUCAUGAAAUCACCCAGCAUAAUCGCAGAAGGCAGAAAAAGCCGAAGAAGGCCACUUCUCCAAAGCCUAAAAGAAUCAGUCUACCUUUCAAUAUUACCGCUCUCAGUAACCCGACCACUUUCAGAGACUUUCAGUACCUUCUUUACAUUACUCGAAUCCAUUUUGAGUCCUCUUUUGACACUGGUAGAUGGGCGCCAAACAAUCAGGGACUUUGUGCUAGGAGCCCGGACCUCCGAGAUCAAGUAGGGGGGCUCAGUAAGCUACAUAAUCGGAUAUUCUAUGCGUUGAGGCACUUGAAAGAUGGGCAAAGUGAUCAAGCCCAGGAAUUAUUACAAGACGCUUCUACUCUACAAAGAUCAGUUGUGAGGUACUCUCAUCAUCGACAAAUUCCAGACAUUCUUGGAAUACUGCUUAUGGUCUGGAGAUCUGGGAACAAGAAGUUACAACAUUCAAUCAGGGAUGAUCUGGUUGCUUUGGCAGCACAGAGUCUCCCGCAGAAUGACCCGCGCAGAUUGAUGCUUGAAUGCCUGGGAAAGCUGGACUUGGACCAGAUUCGCCCUCUUUACUUAGCAUUCGAUGCUUAUUGCCGUUCAUUAUGGAUGGAGCGAUCUUCUGGCAGCAUUAUCAAAGCAUAUGUCUCCUACAAUCAAGCCCGGUUUCCAAGAGCAGACGAGGGUGAAUUCUACAGCCUGUACAAGGGAAUGACGUUCGAGGGUAUUGGAAACACCCUAGCUCGGGUGGAUGUCGAGUUAGAGCCAUACAGCCAUGAGAACAUGCUGCUAUGGCACACCGCAAUCGAGUACCUCUGGAGUCGGGGAAGAUAUACAGAAAUGGGAUACAUCUGCGCACGUUUAUCCAAACGUAUUCAUCAGCUUGGGACAGAAUUCGAUUAUACUCAAAAACAGCAAUUGAACCAUGAUGCUUCUACCACUUCUCUUCUUCUUGGUCUGGCGCAUGAAGCCCUGGGAUGCCCUUGUAGCGCGAGAUUAGAAUUUGAACGCGCGGGCUCAACUUCGAGAUAA